GUCUCUUUUAAGCAUCCAUUCUACGCUAGUUCUGUUCAAUUGAAUUCAGGGACAGGGACUGAAGAGUGAGGGAAAAUCGGAUUAAAAAACAGCUGAAAUCUUCCAAGAUGUGUGGAGAAUGUGUCAAAAGUAAAUGCCCAGAUAGGGGCAACAUAUGUUUGGACAAUGGCUCUUACAUUCUCAAUUUUGACCACUGUGCUGAGUGCCAGAAACGAGAGCCAAUCAAGAUCACACAGAGGAAUGUAGAGGUCAAAGAUGAUGGAGAGGAGGUCAUAUCUUAUGAACACAAAUGUACCUAUUGUUGUCAUUUGAUAGCUGAGCAUGAACACACAUUCACAAUAGAAGGGGAGUAUCAGGAAUAUGCCAUGUACUGUUUACUGUGUGGGGUCGGGAAUGACACUGUUAGUGUCCAACCAGUUGAUCCAAGAAAAGAGACAGCCCUCUUCUAGCCAGCAACCCUGAGAUACUCCCAGUAUAAAAACGUUUGCCAAUACAACAAUUUGUCCAUGAACUGGAAGGAGACAAAAUGGCACCUUAGAGAUCAGAAGAGGGUGUAGAUAGAACUGGAGGAGUACACAGUGGCUAUGUUUGAUCUUUGCGAGUCUUGGACGUCGUAGGAUUAGGCGAUGACAAGAGUGUUUGAAAAUAAUCUGGGCAAUUAUUUAGCCAAGAGUGUCAUACAAUGUUACAUGUGCAGGAUCAGGGAAUGGCCAAUUCAAGAGCGAAGGUUGUGCAUGUAUGGGCCUUUUCAUACGUUAUUGUCACUCACUAUAGAGAGUGCUAUCAGUAGCCAGUGACGAUCAGUAACUUUUCCUUCACAUGUUAUCGCCACUUGUAAUAGGUUAGCUUUUUUAAUGCUCCUCAUCAAGACCAUUGCUUAAUGCACGUUGUCCAUAGUUACAUAUGAUACGCCACACUUAUAGUGCACUGUGCAUUACAAGGCAUUACACAUGAUUACACAUGAUAUUAGUUCCGCCCAGUUAUUAUCGCCACUUGACAUCAGCGAUUGAUCACACAUCUUGACAUCAGUGAUGAUCACACAUUCAUUCAGACAUUAUCACCUCUUGUUAUCUAAGGUCACAAAUAUAGCAGGAAGUGGUGUUUGAUCGUGACAUUUUGAUUCAUGAGGAAGCAUUUACAUGUAGAUACAAAUAUGGAUAAUGUGUCACCAUUGGCAACUUAUCGCGAGUGGUGAUAAUAUCUGGAAGUGGUAGAUCUUACAGGAAAUGUACAUCUGGGGCCCGUCUUACAAAGAGUUGUGAUUGAUCCGAUCAAUCAAAACUAUGGAAAGCCAGCAAAGUCAACAUAUAAUAUGCAUGUUUUUUUCAUAUUUUUUUCUAGUUUUCAUUGUAUAUCCAUAAAUUAAUUGAUUUCUUGAUAAUUUGGUGUGUUCUCCUUUGUUUACAAAGGACAUUUUGCAAAUUUCCUGUUUAAAACAUUAUGACACUGAUGGAUUUCCAUAGAGUUACGAUUGAUUGGAUCAAUCGUAACUCUUUGUAAGACGGGGCCCUUUUUGGCAGGACAGGGCUUUGCUUCAAGCCAACUGCCCAAUUUAUUUGGUGCUAGAGAAUAAUAGAGAAUAUAUGCUUUCAUAGAAUAAAAAUAUAUAAUUGAGUAUUAUUUAUACCAAGCAGAUUGUAUUAUUUUUUUUUGCAUUAAGUGUUAUUUCACUUCAUAUUGCUUCACAUAGUUUGGUGCUAGAAAAUGUUUUAGUGAUUUUUCACUCUUUAUUUAGUGAGUUUUAUCUGAAACACUGGAAGUUUUGGGAUGUAUGGCCAUUUUGAUUGAUAAAUAGACUCAACUGCAUAAGUGCAGUAUGUAUUCGAUAUUCAACAUGUAAUCCCAUUAUGUAGAAGUCACUAAUGUGAGUUUAAUUUGAAGUCACAUUGAAUUCUUAGUGAACCAAUUCCGCUGGGGCCUGUUGCAUUAGUUUUCUUAUGUGUUAAGUGCCAAUGGCAAAAUUUUGUUUGCCAGAGUUAUUGUUUAUUUGCCAGAUCUUAUUGAUGGCAAAAGUUUUAAUGCAACAGCCCCCUGGUACAUGUAGGAUUCAUAGUUCUUAAAAAAGGACAGUGUUUUAUAUUUUUCUAUAUUAAUGUAUAAUUUGUAUAAAACUGGAUGGUAAGAUCAUGAAAUAGGAUUAUAAAUUUUGUUUUCUUACAUCGAGCCUUCACCGAUUUUUUUUUAAUGGAAAAGGAUGAUUAUCUGUAAAAACAAAAAGAAUGUAUGCAGGUGUUGCAGGAAAUUAUAUACCCUGAAAUUUCAUUGGAGUUGAUAAAGCUCAGAAGAUAAGGAAUAAGCAAGUACAAAUUGCAAGUUGUCUUUGCACACUUUGUGUGACACUUGCAUACUUAUUCUCAUUAUUAAUAUCCUUGUAUCAUUGAUUAUCUUGAAAAAGUGCACUAUUUUUUUUAUCCAGGUGGCCGUUUCAUAAAGCUGUUUGUAAGUUAUACAUGACUUUAUACACGACUGGUGACGCAUCUUUGUGUAAAUGAUAUACCCCAAAUUUUCAUUGGUGUUGAUAUAGCUCCCAGGUGAGUCACUAGUCAUGCUCAAGUCUUUGGAACUUACAAACGGCAUUAUGAAACACCCCCUGUUAUCAUUAUGUGAAUUGCAUUAUUUGAGCUGCUUCUAACUUUGUAUUACUAUACCCAGUCACUGAAAUUAUAUUUAAUAUAUGUGUAUGUUUUCAUGACAACAUGACUUCACAUUAAUUUAAUAAAUUUUGUUCUUGUAAUUUA